UUAAUUAUAUUCUAUCCACCUGAGAAAAAAGCCGAAAUUCUUCAGUGUCCAUGAGCACCAGUAAUAGUUUUGUUAUUUAGUUGCAGUUAUCGUUCAACGUAUACUAUUUUUCGUUUUGUUCAUUAUAAAUGAACACCAAGUAUAUACAUGAUUUAACUUUUCGUUUAUGUCAAGCGCUCGAUCGAAAUUAUGAUGUGGUUAAUAUGGAUACAGUCAUGUCAGUUAUUUCCACUUUGGAGGGCACAACGAUUACAAAAGAGCAAUUGGAGGCCACCAGAUUGGCAAAAUUUAUAAACCUCUUAAGGCGUCGUACUAAGGAUGAGCACUUAGCGCGCCGAGCUAAGUCUUUAGUAAAGAAAUGGCGUGAAAUGGUUGGAAUUCAACAACAGCAACAGCAUGUAACUGAAACAACGGCUAUCCCUUCGUCUGCAGCUCUGCAACCUAGCAUAUACCAACAACAACGUAUGCGGUCGCAAUCAAUAUCCCCGGCAGCAUCAUCAUUGCAUUUUGAUACAAUACAGCAGCAUUCAAAUUCUAAUAGUUGUCAAGCUGUUGCUGUGAUUGCUGCUACCUCUACUUCUGAAAACACACCACGUCUAACGAGUGUGACAUCUGUCCCUUUGUCUUCAAUAUCUGCAAGAAGUGCCAAUGCGAAUGUACAUAAUAGCAAUAAAAGACUUGAAGGGCAAAAUGAAUUCGUUGAAUCUGGGUUAAACAUUCAUGUCAGAAAACCGCCGACAAGUUUUGAGAAUGUUCUAAGUAGUUUCGGUGAUGCCCAGGACAGCAAUAUUGGUAUAACAUGUGAUAAUUCAACAUUUCGCCAUAAGGUAAUUAAGCCUGUGAAACAACGUGUAACUCCACUGGAUCAUACAGAAACUUUUAUAAUUGAUCAAUCAUCAAAUUCCAACUCAGAAAGCUUGAUUCUUCCAACAAAUAGUCGACCUUCAAACAUAGCUCCUAUUGUUAUUGAUAUACAGGAUUCAAACUCCGGCUCAAACUUAGUUACUUCGAUACUCAUGAACCCCGCAGUUGGCUGCAAAAUAGCGUCGUCUAAACCAAACAAAGCACAAUCCGCUAACUUAGAUAGCAAACCCAACAUAACUACUUCGGCAUUCCCAUCUUUGAAAUCAAAAAAACUUAAAAAGGAGAAAAAACGCAGAGAUAGGGUUGACGUCAAUGCUCAAGGUGGUAUAGAUAACAUCGAUGGUGUCAAAAUGUCUGCUGUAUUAGAUGAAAAUUCAUCCAACCCACAACGUCGUCAGCAAUCUGGGGACAAUGCAGAACAAUUUACGUCCUUUGUUAAGGAAGACAAAUCUCGCUUAGCAUAUCCAGAAAUCCUUUCACUUCUGGAUAACAGCUCAGUUAGCUCUAUGUUUCCUCCAGAAGGCUCUACAAAUCCUGUUGAUGACACAAAUAAAGUAAAGUCAUGGACUAGUAACAGUAGCCAUGCGCCUUUAAACUUAUCAACAUCUGACUUAACUUUCACUGGAAAAUUCAAGCAAGGCAAUACUUUGCCUUCGACAACUUCUGGCAACGAAUUAAUUGGGUUCAAUGCGCACCGUCGCACCGUUUCUCCAAAACAGGUUCCUACAAAUAGCUUUUCAUUACAAACUGGACACUCGGCAACAAAAUUUAUGCCAUUUCGAGAAGUUGGCUCAAAUUCUAAUGACAGCAAUUCGAAUAGUCAAGCUUCUCAAAUGGAUCUCAUCGAUAUAGUUAGUAAUGAUAAAAUGGUGCAUGCUUUUCAGGCCCAAAGAAAACAAGAUAGUUCGAAUCCCCAACAAAAAACAGUUGGGGCUGCAAACAUAUCAACAUCGCAAGCAGUACCAGCACCGGCAUUUUUCCCACAAAAAAUUCCACCCUCGAAUACUAUGGAAGCUACGAUUGUUGCGGCUUCAAAUACUCUUGUUUCGUCGGACAAAAAACUACCUAGAAAGCGAGGUCGUAAAAAAGGAUCUAAGGGUGUUGAUUCUGUUAUUGCAAAAGAGACAAGUCUCACUUCCCAAAUGCUCAUGACAUCUUUGGGUAGUGGAAAUAAAAAGGUCAAAACCACAAAAGAGCUGUAUGCUGAAAUGCAAAACCGAAAAUUAGGUAUAGCCGUCACUUCGUCUUCGCCGACUUCAAGCGGCUGGCCAGUACCACAGCAACAAACCUCUCGUCCCACAUCAUCUUGUUCAGAACCUUCCUUGCAAUCGCCGCAUACAUUCGAUGCUUGUUCAACUAAUGCUACUAUGUCUACCGGGACGACACGAUUUACACCUGAUAAUUUCCUAAAUAAUACACAUGCUGACGAAGGUGAAACUACUAGCGAUACAGUCACUUCAGAACCAUCACGCGAUAGCUCCGCAUUACCUCAGCACUUGAAGCGUUCUUUAUCCAUUGAUAGCAACAGUAAUUCACAAUUCCUUUCUUCAGUAAAAAUUACUGCUAUUCCGCGGUCUACAACCGAAAUGCAAAGUAGUGAUACCGCGAAUAAAAUUGCCGCCGUUGAGAAACAGUUGCUUGAAAUCUUUAAAAAAUUGCCACCUGUACCGAAUAUAACUGCUAUUGAGUUGAAAUUCACGGAAGAAUCAAUACCAUGUACUUGCAAAAUUACUGAAAUUUCUCCAGAAAACCGUGCUCAAAAGGAAUCUAUUAAAACGCAGGAAGCUGAAAUAGAGGCUAUAAAAGUAGUACCAGAGCAAAACAAUAGGCAAAGCGCUUCUCAAGAGCGAACCUUUGUUAAAACGGUUGUAAGGAGUGAGGCAACUGGUGGAAUCACUAUAAUUCCUGGCGAAUCUGAACUAAAGCAGAUGCCACAGGAGACGUCUCCAUCACCCUCAACACGUCCAAAGCCUAAAAAAUCCAUAUUCGACCUAGAUUUCGAUGAUGAUGAUGAUCCACUAAACACUUUAAAAGCUGAAGCCGCUGCUGCCAUUUUGGAAAAAGAGAAUGUAGACGAAACUCUUAAAGUUGAAGAGCAAGCAGAACCACAAGUGAGUACCACAGUCGUAAAUCAGUUUGAGUCACAGUUACUCGACUAUAAAAUGUCCAUUGAACAAGCAAUGAUUGAGGAGGCACCAAUGCGUAUAUUUCCCACGUAUGAAGUAGAAGAGGAUCCCCUUUGUAUGGCCAAACAACGUUUCGACAUACAAACGCAAAAAAUUACAAAAUUUCACAUUGAUGCCUUACAUAAUUGCUUCAUACCGAACGUAAACGGUAACUGGGAUAAUGCAAAUAGCACCAUAGGCUCUAAAGUGACACUGGAUGAAGUCAUAGCAGCCGUUGAUGCCGAGACCGGAUAUGUUAUAUCCGAUGGCUGCAAUGUUGUUCCAAAGUACGGUUCCCUUGUGAAAGAACGAAUCCGUAAAGAUUUAAGUCAUAUAAGUUUUUCCAAAAAUUAUAAGUCGAAAAAGGUAACUGCUACCAUGGAGCAAAUGUACGUCGUACCAUUUCUGGGUGUUGCUCGUUCAAUAUUGGUGAGCAAGAAAAGAAAAUCGCACAAUCAUAGAACAUGCCGCAAAAUUAAAGUGACUGCAUUGAACAAUUGUCUCAACCAGAAUAUAAAUGAUGCAGAAUCACAGUUCCAGGAAAAUAAGAAAACUGAAGAGUACAAGACUGAUGAAGAUAGAAUUGGAAUCAGUGAGAUCAAGAAAGAUACUGAAUCGGAUUCUACACCCAAGGAAACAACAUCAAAAAAGUUAAUAGACAUUUAUAAACACUCACUAAAUCCUGAUGUUAAGCUUGGUGUGAUAAAACCUUUUGACUUGGCGACUAGUACAAUUGUAGGUAAAAAUAACAAUAAUAACGUCACACUUAAAGACAUUACAAUCGAUGUAAUCGGUCACAGCACUGAUAUGUUUCAUUUAAAUGCGGACGUUCAUAAUUGCCAGAAUCUGCUCGCGAUUGCUGAUCAUUUGGAUUACAGCUCAAAAUCUGCUCACAAUGCCACUGCUGAAAUGGAUAUAGGUAUACAGGAACAAUCCGAUGACCAACAAAAAUAUCGUAGCGAAUCCAGUUCUGUUCGUGACCUAAUAAGUGGUACUACUACUGGUAAGGAUAUAUUCCCAAACAUGUUGCAGCUCCCUGUAACCAAGGAGAGUGCAGAGUAUACACAUAUGAAUGAAAAUAAAUCUAGCAGGCGAAGCAGCAGUUGUAGUAACUCAAGUUUAAAGCAAACUCAGCAGUCGAUCAACUUGAAAUUAAGGCGUAAAUUCCAAGAGCAGAAAUUGUUAGAUGUAAACGGUGACCGCAAACGUAGACGUAAGAAGUUGAAGCGACGCUGUACCACUGACGAUAAUGCUGGUAAAGAGAGUAAGCACCCAAAAUUAAAGCGAAUCAAAAUAGCAAUAAAUGGCGAUGUCGCGACGCAAAUGCAAAUAUCAGGUGGUAGCAGCAAUAAUUGUACUGAUGAAGACAGUGAAGACCAGCAUACGGACACAUGUAGCCUAAACGAAAAUGACGAUGGUGAUGGAGAAAUCACAGCUGAUGAUGAAAAUGAACGCGCAAUUAGGGCUAGUGCCGCAAACGAAGAUGUUGAAUCAAUAAAUAGCGCAGGCAGCAGCAUUUUAACUUACAAUAGAUUUAACCUGACAAACGCUGAUGACGAGCUUGAUGCAAAUUCUGCGGAAAACCAUUGUACUGCUGAACAAGAAAUAGGCUAUGAGGAGUAUGGAGACCUCGAUGUUGAUGCGGAUGUCGAGUUCGAUGAAUACGAAGACGCCGAAGACUACAGUGGCGAUUUUCAUGAAGUUGUUACGCGGGAUAUAUCUGCACCUUCAACGGGAAACAACCACAUUGUUUUAACUAUCAAGAAAACGCCUAGUAAAACUAAUUCACCUUCAAACUCUCUUUCUGCCAUCUCGCCUGUAGUUGUUAGCAAUAACGAAAACGGCUCCCAAACAUCAGGUGUAACAACCGUACCUAUUGUUUCUAAGGGAUCUGUACAUACCGCGCAUUCUAUCGGUGAAAUUGAGAAUAAUGCGUUAAUCGUUAAGAAGUUAGACCUUGACGAAGAUAAAAGUCUGGAGUCGUUGGUGCCAAUUUCAGAAGUUUCCAAUAUAUUGAUCAGUGGUGUUAAGGAAAAUCAAACACAAUUGCUAUCCCAUACCCAAACUGAUGCGGAUAUAAUUAGUGAUAUUCAAGAUGCCGAAAGAAAUUCACCAAAAAGAUCUGAAAGCUUAGCAUCGACAUCAUCCCUUGAACUUGCGCCAUUCAUAGCGAAAUAUGUGUAUAAUGAAUGUCGAAAAAAACGUCGUAGGCGUAAAAUUAAAAGGGCUGAAAGUGUUGCCAAGGACUGUCUGCGAGAUAUAAAGCUACACCACGAGUUAUUUUUUCCAUUUGAACUCAUUAUCAGUGACAACGACGGUAUAAAACAUAAUAUUCUUAAUAUCAGCAGCUGCAGUUCUAGUUGUGUCGAAGAUAGCGAUUACGAUGAUAGGGAUGGAUCCGUGCCAAUAGCUACAAGUUGUAAAACAAGAGACAAAACUUAUCCCUCCAGGCAUUCACAAAUUGGUAUUAAAUUAGAAACAAGUAUUGAGUCCUGCGAAAGAAAUAGUGAUAUCAGUGGUCUUCAGCAGCGGGACCGUACUUUGACCUCAUCUUGUUCGACAUACUCAAGUUCUACAUGUGAUUCGCUGAUUAAAUAUCGAGUAAAAUUGGACUGCUGUAAUGAUUCCGGUGAUAUCCCAACCGAGGCAGCGGAAGUUCGUCGAGUAGAAAAUGCAUCUGCUGAGAAUCAAAGCGAAAAAAAUUACAUUAACGCUGAAUCCUCUCCGGUCGAAAAUACUCCUUACUCGAACGAGGUUAAUAGUACCACGCUGGCUGAUACUACUGACAAAAACAUAGAGGAUAAUGUCAACGAGGAUUUGCCUUUAGAAAACAAUGGUCUAUUACACUCAUUUAACAAUAUCUAUUACACAGUAGAUAAGUUCGAGGAUGAAAACACUAAUGGAGCCAUAAAUAAUGGCAAUAUUAUCGGAAGUACCGAUAGUCUUUUAAUUGGCGAUAAUGUAGUCCUUGGCCCUGCUGCCGUCAAUGCAGCAAAUCAACAGGAGCGAGAGCUCCCAAAUAAAAAUUGUGAUGAUUAUAAUAACAUUUAUAAUAAAAACAGUAAUAAUAUUAAUUUAAUUAGAUACAAUAAUAACGAGCCUAGUUUAGUAACACAUGUUUAUCGUAAUAAAAAAAGCGGUAGUAGUAUUGAAGAUGAUCAGCAGCAGAAAGGAAAUUGUUUAACAUCUGGUGAUGAUUAUAAUGCUAACAUUGAUGAUUAUGUUUGCAAGAACUAUGGAGAGGAAUUGAUCGUUAACAACGACGAUAAAAAAACUGUCUUUAAUUCUGGUAGUAAUCAAAUCGAACCCAAAGCUGGUGAUAAGGAAGAUCUAAGUUUCAACAGUAGCGGUGAAAACUACGAAAUCGCGCAUGCUGGAUUGUCAUCUAUGCAAACUCGCUGUUCGCAAGUAAUGCUGCCUCACAAAGAAUUUCGCACUGGCCUACGCGCUGUCGACGAGGAUGUAGAUGAUGAAGAUGGCAACAACUGUGGGCGCAUUCAGCAAUUCAAGGAGUGGCAUCAAGUGUUGCAAUUGCGUUCCUACAAUGAUGAUCUGCUUACUGUGCUACCAUACGUGGUUCUUGAUUGAGUUUAAACGAAGUUUGUAAUUCGUUACGUUUAUUUAGGGCAGUUAUUUGUACUGCUGAGUUGUAUAUGUUUUACGAUCCGCGUUUGUUAAAUAUUAUAAAACAAUUAAAACAUAGCUUAUAAUAAAAAUAAAAUAAUGAAUUAUGAUAACAUGAACUAUAAUAAAAAAAUUAGAUUAAAAAAAAAUAUUUGUAAUGAAUAUGCAAUAACUACCAUUGCACAUAUUUGGAAAAUAUAAUAUACCACAUAUGCAUUUGUUA